AUGAAGAUCUGAGCCAUAGGUGAUGUAGCCUAGGAUUGCCACAGCUGCAUAGAGAACACCGACAAAAGCGACUGACGUCGUGAUUACACCAAAAAAUCCGAGCAUUUUCUCCGGGUGACGCAUUUUGUUUUCAAGAGGAAGCACCACAGCUUGAGCAGCAUAUGAAUACGUUAUACUGCCAGCAGCACGUGCCGCAGCUGAAAUCGUAGUCGCCCCAGCUAAUUGCGAUAAAGGAAUAUGUGGCAUCAUGGCUAGCUUCACAAGCACAAUAGCUAUAGCAACCGUAAUCAGCACAUUCCCAGUCAAAGAUAUGCAUGACAUUAGGAAAAGAUUUUGAACACUGGUCAGCAAUAUGAAGAACGGAAUCAUAACGAAAAAGAUAAUUUUGAGGGAGACAUCCGUUUUGAAUAUUAAGUCGAUCAGCUCUUUGAUAUGAUCCGACACAAAGAUAUAGAAUACACUACAGAUGCCUAAUUGCAGAAGAACUAGGCAAACAUUUACUGCAAACUUAGCGGGAACGCCGAGGCAUCUUAG